GCAAGCGGUGCAGUCUGGGGUUUUGCUGCACAACACAGGGCUGGCGCAACUGGCUAGCUAGCUGACCACUUGAAAUGGACGUGUUCUUAAUGAUCCGGCGUCACAAGACCACAAUCUUCACAGAUGCCAAGGAGUCUACCACUGUGUAUGAGCUGAAGCGUAUUGUUGAAGGAAUUCUUAAGAGACCUCCUGAAGACCAGAGGCUGUACAAAGAUGACCAGUUGCUAGAGGACAGCAAAACUCUUGGUGACUCUGGAUUCACCAACCAGACUGCCAGACCUCAAGCCCCAGCUACAGUUGGUCUGGCCUUCCGCAUAAAUGAUGAGAUGUUUGAACAGCUGCACAUCGAGGCCUUCUCCAGCCCCCCAGAACUCCCUGAUGUGAUGAAGCCUCAGGACUCCGGUAGCACUGCCAAUGAGCAGGCCGUGCAGUGAUAACAGGAGAGAGGAAACGAGCAAUGGAGGGAAGGAUGGAAGUGGGUGUGUGUGGAUUAACUGCAGUGGAGAAGUAGCGGGGUGGAGGAUAUGUAAUAUAAUUUCAGUUGAUGGAUGGGGACAUUAUAGGUAACCAAGCCUAUCCAUGUUACCUUCAUGCUAUCAUCCCAGCACCCCCCCCCCCCCCCCCAAAAUUUGCUUCACAAAUCAUCUUCUUUUAACUCUUUAUGAUUUCCACAUCACAUGCGGUUCUGCUCCUUGACUCUGCUCUUAUAAGCACCAACUGGCUCAAACUUUUUGAGUGAAGAAGUUGCUUUGGAAAGUAUGAUUGUGUGUGUGCGCGUGUGAGUUAUUCUAAUUAUUAUCAUUAAUAUUUUGGAGAAGGUGAAGGCGUAGUUGUAUGUCACAGUGCUCUAGAAGUAACAUGAAUAGGAGAGGAGUCCGGUUUGUGUGAAUUGGCAUACUGCAUGAACAAAAAAAAAAAAAAAAAAAAUCAAAACAAAGGCUUUAUUUUCACAGAAACAGAUACACCUUAAACUGCUAAGUAUCCUUAGUUUGAGUCUCCCAUUUAUGUUGUACAUUUCUGGUUUGAUUUCAUACCUGGAAAGAAAGUCUUUAUAAUAAUUAA